UCUUCCUGGGCAGGCUCUGGGUCGCUGGCCACGCUGGCCAAGUCCUUCCAGAAGGCGGAAGCCCUCCUGCGCCACUGCGUCAACCCCAGCCUGUGGCGCCUCUUUCCUCACAGCGCCGGCGAAAGUGCCUACGACAGCGAGGAAGAGGACUCGCCCGCCGGCCUGGCCCACCUGGCCCAGGUGGAGCGCAGCUUCGUGGGCCUGAGCCGCUGCCUGUGCGUGCAGAAGAAUCCUCGGACGGAGACCUUCCAGGGCCACAUGCGCCCGGCCACCCCGGAGGCGGCCCAGGGGGCCACCGCCUUUUCCUACCACCCGGCCAGGGCCUGCGUGGCCCGCCGGUGCACCACGCUGCAUGCCCUGCUACAGCACCGCCACCACCUGCGCCUCGCCCGCCACUUCGUCCGCCGCCUCAAGGCCGCCUCUGACUUUGUCUGCCGCUUGCGGGCAGAGGGGCGCCGCCUGCCACCGCUGCCGGAGGGCCGGCAGGACCCCCCUUGCAGCCGCCGCCUGCGUGGGCUGUGUGAGGAACUGCACAUGCACACCACCCACUGGGCGGGGCUGCAACAGCACAUCCGCAGCGACCCGUGGCUGCAUCCCCUGCUCGUGCAGCGGCCAGAGGUGGUGGGGCACAUGAAGCACUCGCUCCUGCUGCUGGCCUUGCACGCCGUCCGCCUCCUAGAGGGCUGCGUGGAGGCCUCGCUGCGCAGCCUGGCCCAGUGCGCCACCGGCUGCCUGCCAGCUCAGCUCUUGGACUUCUUCCGGGCCGUGGAUUUCUACAACCGGGUGGUGGGAAACCAGGCCCUGCAGCAGGCCUUGGCGGAGCUGCGGCCCAAGCCAGAGGCCAAGGCUGGAGCAUGGCUGCCGCCCGGUAGCAACUCCCACACCUUCCCUCCAGAGAGAGUGUUGGCCCUCCUGACAGCAGAGCGAGGCCGGCUGGCGGCCCAGCAGCUGUAUCGGCUGCUGCAACAGCGGCAGUCAGGGCAGCUGGCCGGCCAAUCAGAAUCAUUGCCGUGGGAAGGCCCAGAAGAGUCUUGGCUGCUGGAAGGACAUUCCCAGACCCCUCAGGGGGGCGAGGGCGCUUCCAGCCUUGCUGCAGAACUGCAGGCCUUUUGCCAGCAAGAGGAGGAUGCCCUGCUGUGCCUCCUGCGGGAAGUGGUGGCGUCCAUGGACAGCCUCUGGCAUCGCAUCCUCAAGCGGCCCCAGCAGGAGAAGCCUUCAGGGUGCCCAGAGCCACCCGAUACACCAGGGGCCCCGUCGAACUCUGCCUGCCUGCCUGGCUGGAAGUCUGUACGCUGGCUGGAUGCCUCCUUCACAGAGGUGGCUGCUGGGUUGUAUGCGCAGUACUGCCCGCUCCUUUGGAGGGCGUCUGCCUCGACCUUUGCCUGCAAGCUGGAGCUCCACCCACACUUGGCUCAGUCUGCCAAGGUGGCAGGGGCUGUGCUGGGCCGGCAGCUGAUCUGCGCCCUGGCACAGGGCUACGUGCCCCAAGAAAGUACGGAGACGCUGAGGGCUCUGGGGGUGCAUCUACUUCUGCGAGAUGUUCUAUGCCACUGGGACCGAGGUUUCUGCCUUGCUCUAGGCUCCAGCCUCACAGACAAGUGCAUGGCCAGGCUGGGCCCCCAGGACGCUGGUGCUCCCUGCAGCCAGACUGCCCAGGCCCUUCAGCGCCUCUACCAGCCCCUGGCCUUCAGCCUGCGAUGUCUGGGUGGUCUACCGAGUCGCAACACGGGUGAUCAGAUCCUCCUUGCCAGCCUCCACUGGAAGCUUCUCUCCCUCUCUGUGGCCACCAGUCAUGCCUCCUGCUACUGGGUCAUGAGCAAAGCCCACCAGUACCUGGCUUCCUGGUCUCUCAGCCCAUUCCUGCUGGUGACCCAGGGGGACUUACAGGUACUGAAAACUGAGAGCGACAAGAUGUGGGCUCUGGUGGGAGAAGCCUUUCCUGUGGAAGGGGAGAGGAAGCAGAACCUUCUCAUCUCCAGCCAGGAGCAGGAGCUGAGCCGGCAAAUCCACUCCAUGGCUACCAGUAUCCACCUUUUUACGGAGGAUGUCCUGAACCUUUUCUUCCUGGACUGCAAGCGUAUGUCGUCAGAGAUCUUCAGUCAAACCAUGCCACUUGGCAAACACUGGCGUCUCACUCUCCGCACAGAGCUGCCAGCCUCCCCCAGUGAGUAUGCCUUGGCGGCGGCCCAGACGGUCCUGGGCCAGGUCUUGGAGGGCAUCCAGCGCCUGCCCCAAGAGGCCCAGGGGCUGGCCCUCAGCCAGGUCACCACCGCUUUCGUGGAAGCCUGGAUGGACCACAUCCUGGCCCAGAAGAUCAAGUUCAGCCUCCACGGGGCCCUUCAGCUGAAGCAGGACUUUGACUUAGUGAAGGCGCUCCUGCAGUCGGAAGACUACGGUCUUUCCCUGGAGAUCAGGCAGCGGGUCUUCUCCCUCCGGGUCUUCCAGCAAGUGGACAACGCCAUCGCCUGCCUUCUGCAGCAGCCCUGCAAGGCCUCCGGGCCCUCCUCCUCGCACACCUGGGGGACCUUCCACAACUGCUGCUCGUACGAUGGGAUCCAUACCCUUGAUGGUGGCCCAGGAAGUCUGAACAGCCUGGAGAGCCUGGAGGGGUUGCCUGCCCAAGGCGGGGUGCCUCCGGAGAGCCCCAGGGGGGACCUGCUCAGCCACAUGCCGGGAGGCAGGGGCUGCAGCCCAGAGACCUACCUCAGCCCCACGCAACAGGAGUGGCUGGCACUGCGGCUCCAUGGUGGGCGUCGCUGGCGAGUACCCACCUGGCCCUGCAUGAACAGGACCUCUGAGCCGUAAGCGACCCUCUGUCCUGCUCCAGCAACUCCUUGCGCCCUGCCGUGAUAGGCACUGGGGGGGGGGUCAGCCACCGGCUUUGCCAGGGUGCUCGGCGGCACCGCCACUUCCAUGGCACGGAGGAGGGAUGGCAACCCCCUCCAUCUUCGGGGGUGCGCCUGCUGAUUUGUGCCUUGUGUCUGGGGCUGGACCCUCUGCCAAGCUUCCUGAAGCCGCGGUGGGUGUGGAGAAAGAGAGCGGCGUGCUUCCAACGUCCAGGCUGCCUGCCCUCCAAGCCCAGCUCCGUGGCCGCCACUCUCUGUGGGGGCUAAAUAGCAGGGGCUGCUCCCAGCCUGUCCCCCAGCCACCCCCACCCCCGUACCACAAGGGACAGGGUGCCUGUCUGAGGCUUUUGGAAGUACCAGCCCAGAAGGCGGCUGAGGAAGAGGGGCAAGGUGGCCUGUGGAGGAGGAGCGAGGGCUGAACAAUAAAACCUGCCUCUGUUGUGG